CACCACCACCACCGGAUUGAUUGAUUUACCUACCUGCUUCAGUACGACCUGGAAGGCUGAGUUUUCUUGAUGCUGCCUGUACUUUCAUUUUUUUGAUGUCAAUCGAAGAACAGACCAUGCCAAUAAUUUGACUCUGUUAUGCCCUGUUUUCAAUCUCUGGAAAGGAGGGAAGUUUUACAUAGCUAAGGAAUUGAGGUGAAAUUGCUUGGAGUUUUCGUUAGGGUCAACCAGCUCUAGUGCUAAUGCAUGUUUUGGAUGUUUAAUGCAUUAUACAUGUGGUCCCUCAUCCUAAUAUGAACAACUUAAUAGAAUUCUCCCCAAAUUGCCUAAGUCGUCAAUAGGUUAGUCACCAAUUAAUACCAUACCAAAAAGAUUGAAGGAAACAACUGAUUUCAACUUAGUUGAGAAGAAUCAACCAAAAAGCAGAAGGAUGGACCAACCACAACCACCACCAAAUACUGAGAUUUUGGAUGCCCCCCUUCACACACUUGGCUUUGAACUUGAUGAACUUUCUGCCCACAAAGUUUCAGGCCACCUUGUUAUCACUUCAAAGUGCUGUCAGCCGUUCGGAGUGCUGCAUGGAGGAGUGUCAGCACUUAUAGCCGAGGCUUUGGCAAGCAUAGGAGCUCACAUCGCCUCAGGUUUCCACAGGGUAGCCGGUAUACAUCUCAGCAUCAAUCAUCUAAAAAGUGCACAGGAAGGUGACUUUAUCGUUGCUGAGGCUACACCGGUCAACAUUGGCAAAUCCAUUCAGUUGUGGGAGGUGCAACUCUCCAAAUGUGAUCCCUCAAAGCCUGAGAUCAAAAUGCUGAUUUCGUCAUCAAGAGUCACUGUUCUUUGUAACUUGCCUGUGCCGGAAUCUGCCAGAGAUGCUGCUCAGAACCUCAAAAUAUAUGCAAAAUUGUAGCUACAUUUGGGUCUUCUGCUGUAUUCAACUGUCAACUCUGAGUGGAAUAGCUGUCUCUGGUGAAGAAUAAUUCUGUUGUAUUCUUAAAAGAAAGUAAAUCGAUUCGAACGGCCUACCGAUGCAGCCAUAAAAGCCAUUACAUGAUCUUGCUUUUGAGAAAAAUAAAUCACAUUUAAGGAAUUGCAGAGGGCCACAGACGAUGCAUCAAUUACCGAAUUAUUGGCUGCCUAAUGUAGAUGAAUUAGACAAGCAUUUUGAUUACUAUUUGAAUAUAGUGAAUGUAAACUGUUGUCGUUUUUUAUUAGAAUGCUGU